CUGUCACCACACUGAAGCACUCCGUGAAGACUGCGGCGCUUUCCCAUUCCUGUGCCUCAGUUGAGGACAAUAUGUCGCGGCGAGCAAGUGGUGUGCGCUGCCAACGCUAUACCGCCGAUGGUGGCCACUACGAGGGCAGGUGGCAGCAGGGACAACAUCAUGGCUAUGGCGUGAAAGACAACGGACGUGGCCUCAUCUACGAGGGUCAGUGGCGUCUUGGCCAGCGUCACGGCAACGGCACGCUGCGUAGGCAGUGUGGGAAUGGGCAUGCGGAGCGUGUCUAUGUGGGUCAGUGGGUGCAGAAUGUGCGCUGCGGGGAAGGGAAGCAGUACUACAAGGAUGGCACCGUCUACUAUGGCCAGUGGCAGGCGAAUGGACGUCAUGGCCAUGGCAUUCAGUGGCAUGCGGAUGGACGGACCUACAUUGGCGAGUGGCAAAACGAUGCCAUGCACGGCAAAGGCGUGCUCUACGCAGCCAAUGGCAAUCGCUAUGUGGGCGAGUUUGAGCGCGGCUGCAAGUCCGGUUUGGGUGUCUACUACCAUGAGAAGAACGGCGAGCAGCUACUGCAGCAUGGCAUCUGGAGUCAGGACAACUGCCAGAGCUCUUUGCUGUCCAUGACGAGUCACAUUGCUUAAGAGGUU